AUGGACCAGCAACUGAACGGCAAACCAUGGGCAUGUGAUUGGAAAGGCCAGGGAAGAAGAGCUUCCCGCGGGACCGAAUCAAAGCCAGCCCAGCAGGCAGAAUUGGAACCAUUUACAAUGACAUGGGACUUCGAGGAUAAAGACAUAGAGUUUGAGACCAACUUUCAGGUUGGAGAGGUGGAAGAAGAUCCCUUUGCUGAUUGUUACAUAGAAUGCAUAAUCAGAGGUGAGUUUUCUGAACCCAUUCUGGAUGAGGACAUACUUUUUCAGUCCUUGGACUGCCUAAAAACAGGGCCUGAGCAAGAGCUUUCCCGACAGGUUCUUGCAGCAAGCUCUUUUCUUGAACAAUCUUUGGGAUAUAAUAUAGAAGAGGCAAGACAAGAACUUUCUCAGCUGACUACUGGAGAAAAUUCACUUCAUGAGCCUGCUGAAGACACUACACGCAUAAAGCUGCUUUCUGGAGAAAAACCAAGCACUAAUCUACCAGAUACCAAAGAGCUCUCAGAAUUUACUAAACCAGUGACCAGAAAAAACACAGAAAAUAUUUGUCCUCAGCAGGGAUGUGCUAAAAAGUUCAAAAAUAAAGCAUCUCUGAAAAGGCAUCUUCGCACUCAUGGGCCCCGAGAUCAUGUGUGUGCUGAAUGUGGGAAAGCAUUCCUGGAGAAGGCCAAGCUAGCACGACAUUUCCUGGUUCACACCGGAGAGAAGCCCUAUCAGUGCACUUACAAAGGAUGUGGGAAACGCUUUUCCCUGGAUUUCAAUUUGCGUACACAUGUGCGCAUCCACACGCAAGAGAAACGUUUUGCGUGUACCGUGGAAGGCUGUAACAAGAGAUUUGUACAGUCAGGUAACUUGAAAGUUCAUGUCUUAAGUCAUGCAAAGACCAAGAAGGAUCAAUGA